UGCUUCCCCGCCCAGCCCUGGUGCCUGCUUCGGGUGAUGGUGCGUCUCCCUCUUCCAAAGGCCCCUUCCCAGCCCAGCACUGGGAGCAGUGGCCCCGGUCCUCGUCCUCAGCGGGGGUUGCGCAAAAGGCCUUUGGUUUCUCUUCCAGAAGCACUAGGCCAGCGGGCCUGCGCCAUCUCCGUUCAGUGAGUGUCCAGGGGGAGGAAGAUGACAUCGGGGAAGCUCUGGCGCAUCCUGGGGCUCUGCUUCUUAUCCGUUGGCGCUUGGGGGCAAGAAGGUGACUUUCCACCCCCUCUAAAGAGAUUUAAAGUCUCCAUCUCCGGAACCAGGGUGGAGGUGACAUGUCCUGAGGACCCUGAUUCUGAACAAAUAAAAUGGGAAAGAAAUGGUGUACUACUAAAAGAUCAGCAAGAGGAACACCUAUUACUAGACAAUUUCUCCGAAAUGGAAAACAGUGGGCAUUACACCUGCUACAGAGGCAACUCGAACAAUCGCAACCAUCUCUACCUAAAAGCAAGAGUGUGUGAGAACUGCAUGGAGGUGGACGUGAUGGCCGUGGCUGGGAUCAUCGUGGCCGACGUCUGUGUCACCCUGGGCUUGCUGCUGCUGGUGUAUUACUGGAGCAAGAACAGGAAGGCCAAGGCCAAGCCUAUGGCCAGAGGCGUCGGUGCCGGCGGCAGGCCCGGUGGACAAAACAAGGAGAGGCCACCGCCAGUUCCCAAUCCGGACUAUGAGCCCAUCAGGAAAGGCCAGAGGGAGCUGUACUCCGGACUGAACCAGAGAGGCGUCUGAAGCUCCUGAGCACUGCCUCCCAUGGCCAGGCCUGGCUCCUCCCCCUCCAGGCACCUGCUCCACCCUGGACCCCCCAGGAGAUCUGUCCCCCUGUCCAGAGGGAACUCCCACCUGCAGCCUGGCCCCCCAACCUCUCUGCUGGAAGCAGGCCUAGGAUAUUGCUGCCUCGCUGUUCUUUGAAAUGUCAUCGCUACUCACCUAUCACCCUGCACGUUCGCCAGGAUAUUUACGUCUGCUCUUCGCCACCACUCCCUCCUCUCUCCUCUGGUGGCUGUUCCCUCGGCGCCCUCCUGCUGCUGCAUAUAAGUUGCCCCCAACCUCACUGUCCCACCUGCUGUUCUGCUUGUCAGCUCUCUUUUGGGGGACCCUCUGUGCGAGUGCCCUGGGUCCGCGCUGGCAGGGGGCCCAGCCCAGAGCUUCCUCUCCCAUUCUCCACUGCCCCCGCCAGGGUCACUUCCAUCCCGGUGAACA